AUGCCUCCCGUAACGAAACCCGGUCUGGACAAAUAUGACGUCGUCUUCAUCGGAGGCGGAAGUGGUGGUGUCGCAGGCUCGCGUAGAGCUGCGUCUUAUGGCGCGAAGGUCGCCCUGAUUGAGGCGACCGAGAAGCUUGGCGGCACCUGCGUCAACGUCGGAUGCGUGCCCAAGAAAAUCAUGUGGCACGCCGCGGACAUCGCAGAGAAGAUCCGCCACGCCGAAGGGUACCAGUUCAAGGGCCCCGGCAUCGGCGCGCCGCAGUUCGACUGGAAGACAUUCAAGCCGCUGCGCGACGCGUACAUCCGGCGCCUGAACGGCAUCUACGACAACAACGUCGCGAAGGAGGGCGUCGAGCUGCACCACGGCCGCGCGCGCGUGCUCUCGCCCUCGUCCGUGCAGGUCACGCGCCCGGACGGCUCCACGUACACGCUCAACACCGCGCGCGUCGUCGUCGCCACCGGGGGCCGCCCGACGGUCCCGCGCGAGGAGCAGAUCCCGGGCGCAGGUCUUGGGAUUAACUCGGACGGGUUCUUCGACCUCGCGGAGCAGCCGAGGCGCGUCGCGGUCGUCGGCGCGGGGUACAUCGCGGUCGAGCUCGCGGGCGUGCUGCACACGCUCGGGAGCGAGGUCACGAUGCUCAUCCGGGGCGAGACCGUCCUGCGCACGUUCGACCCCGUCAUUGGGGAGACGCUCACGAAGUGGAUGAAGCACACCGGCAUCAACUUCCGCCACGGCGCGCACGUGAAGAAGGUCGAGGGCACGCCGGGCCAGGAGCUCACGGUCCAUCUCGAGGACGGCGAGACGCUCAAGGUGGACACGCUCAUCUGGGCGAUCGGCCGGCACGCGAACACGGAGGACCUAGGCCUCGAGGAGCUCGGGGUGAAGCUCGACAAGCACGGGAAUGUCGUCGUGGACGAGUACCAGGAGACGGGGGUGCCCGGGGUGCUUGCGCUGGGCGACGUUGCGGGCAAGGCGCUGCUCACGCCCGUCGCGAUUGCGGCGGCGCGCAGGCUGGCGAACAGGCUGUAUGGCCCGGAGAAGUUCAAGCAGGACAAGUUGAACUAUGAUGACAUCCCUACCGUCGUCUUCUCCCACCCCACCAUUGGCACGGUCGGCCUCACAGAGCCCGAAGCGCGCAAGAAAGAGGGGAGGGGAUGGGAUGGGGGAGGGGGAGGGGGAGGGGGAGGGGGACGUACAGAUCUUGACGUUGUCGUCGCCGCGAUGAUCCCGGAGGAGCACAAGGAGCCGACGGUGCACAAGCUCGUGUGCGUCGGACCCGAGGAGCGCGUCGUCGGCAUCCACAUCAUCGGGCUCGGCUCGGACGAGAUCAUGCAGGGCUUCGGCGUCGCCGUCAAGAUGGGCGCGACGAAGCAGGACCUCGACGACACCGUCGCGAUCCACCCCACGUCUGCCGAGGAGCUGGUCACGAUGCGGUGA